AUGGAAGACGUUGAUUUCAGCGAAUUGAAGGAGCAGGACAGGCAAUUGAGGAGGACGAUUAAAUCCAUAGCUACUUUUGUCAGCGAGUUCCAACGAGGCCAACAUGAAAUCGAGGUUGAAGUGCGGUUGGAAACGUUGGAAAAUGCCAUGCGUAAGUUUUACGAGGUGCAGAGGAGGAUGAAAGUGAUUCUCGAUGAUGAAGAAAUAGAAAGAAAACCAGAUACCAAGGAAACCGAAACUGAACGCAAACGUCGUAUCAAAACUCACGCUUCUCGUCGUGAAGCGGAAUUCGACGAAACGGCUAACGAAGUCGAAAAAUUUUACUAUCCUACGAAGGCUGCGUUACUGAAUCUUCGACCAAACGGCAAAAACACGAUGGAACCAAAAGAGGGAUCUGACACGACUAUGUCUAGGGUCAAACUUCCUGAUAUUCAGCUACCGAGCUUCGGAGGAAAGUUACGAGAAUGGGUAACGUUCCGCGACAUGUUUGUAAGCCUCAUUAACAACAACAGCCAACUUUCUCCGAUCGACAAGUUCUCGUAUUUGCGAUCUUCGGUGACGGAUGAGGCCCUUCAGGAAAUCAGUUCGAUCGAAAUGACCGCAGCCAACUUCCAAGUCGCAUGGAACGCACUCGAGAAAAGAUACGAGAACAGAAAACUGAUUGUGAAGGCCCACUUAGACGCACUCUUCGCAAUUGAGCCGAUGCGAAGAGAAAAUUGCGAGUCGCUGAAUCGUCUUAUUAGCGAUUUCGAUAAAAAUUUACAAAUGUUGAGUAAAAUUGGGGAGCAACCGGAGAAUUGGUCAACCUUGCUGGCCCACAUGGUUUGUAUGCGUUUGGAUGCAGUGACUCUCCGCCAAUGGGAAACGCACCACAACUCUAAAGAGGUUCCCAAGUACGAGAAAGUUAUGGACUUUUUGCGUGAUCAGUGCCUGGUUCUACAAUCUCUUCUUUCCAACAAUGCACCUGAGUCCGAGUUCCGUCGAUCCAAAAUAACAACGACCCAUCUGUCGUCACAACUUCGGGGAAGCUGUGUAUUUUGUGGCGAGCCCUUUCACAAAGUGUAUCAGUGUCGAAGAUUCCAGCAUUGGUCAGUAAAUGAGCGUUUGUCAGAAGUGAGAAAGCAUCGCCUGUGUAUAAACUGUUUAUCAACUGAACAUUUUGUUGAUUCUUGUUUAAAAGAUUCGUGCCAACUCUGUCGGGAUAAACACCACAUUCUCUUGCACUUCGACAAGCCUAGCAAUUUCGCACGACCUUACUCCUCCUCCGUUCCACAAAGGCGUCGUAGACCAAGUUAUGCUAAUCAACCACGGGUGAAUCAGAGUAGACCGAACUCACAAUACCAACCACAGCACCCACCAAAUCAGGCACCUCCUCCAGCAUCCACUUCCUACCCAGUUGUCCAAUCAUCCAAUCCACAGCCUAACCCACAAGUCGCCACUGAUACUCUUAUUUCGCACACUUUUGGAACCACUCAAAGGAGUGAAAGCUUUCCUCUUCAAGUUCUGUUGUCGACAGCAGUUGUUCGUGUAGUUGAUCGAUUCGGAAACCACACUUUUGCCAGAACACUACUUGAUUCGUGUUCAGAGUUCUGCUAUAUCACUAGCAGUUUUGCUAAGAAACUUAACCUCCACGAAGUCGCCGAAACUUUGAAGGUUCAGGGAAUUGGUAAUGCCUCGGUCACAUCCACAAAAGCUGUAGAAGCUAUCAUUGAGCCACGUUUACCUACACUUUCAAAUUAUCGAGAAAAUAUGCGUUUCCACAUUUUGCCCAAUAUCACUCGUACGUUGCCCGUAAAACCUGUGCCAAUUCACCACGUAAAUUUACUGCCUGAUGUUGUUCUAGCUGAUCCAGAGUUUUGGAAACCGGUCCCUAUCGAUAUGAUUAUUGGGGCAGAGUAUUUUUAUGAGUUGUUGUGUGAUGAAAGUCAGAAAAUCGCCGAUGCUGGUCCAGUUUUACAAAACUCAGUAUUCGGUUGGAUAGUGUCUGGAAAAGUGUCAGAAAAACAGUCAGAUGUAUUUGUCAGUCUAGAGGGGCCUGACCAGUGUGGAUCAGGUGCGCCUCGAAUGUGUCAGAGUAGUACAGCUACAUUUGUUAGUUCCACGGCCCAACUUGAGGAAUUAGUAGCCAGAUUUUGGGAGCUCGAAUCUUGCCAUUCUAAAAGCACUUUUUCCGUAGAAGAGACAACUUGUGAAGAGUACUUCAAGCGCACGACAAUCCGAGAUUCAAAUGGAAGAUUCAUUGUCAGUUUGCCCAAGAGACCUGCCAUCAUACGGCAGCUUGGAGAAUCUCGAAAAACAGCUUUGAGAAGAUUCAUAAGUCUAGAAAAACGGUUGAUUGCUAAUCCAGAACUGAAUUCGAUGUACACCGAAUUCAUACACGAGUACCUCUUGAUGGGUCACAUGAGAGAAGUGCUUGGUAGUCAGAGUUCAGGUCAGAUUUUAGGUCAGAGCCUAGUUCAGGGCACCCGUCAAAACUUAGAAGGUCAGAAUCAUGAUAGCGUUGUAUACUAUAUGCCGCACCACGCAGUUCUGAAACCGGACAGCACAACUACGAAACUACGGGUAGUUUUCGAUGCAUCGUGCCGCACCUCAACCGGCGUUUCGCUUAACGACGGUUUGAUGGUAGGCCCAGUUGUUCAAAAUGAUCUGAUGAGUAUCAUUCUACGCUUCCGUCUGCAUCGGUACGCUAUCAGUGCAGACGUUGAGAAGAUGUACCGGAUGGUACGCGUACAGAGUCCGGAUCAGCACCUCCAACGCAUUUUAUGGAGAGAUUCGCCAAAUGAUCCAGUUAAGGCCUAUGAACUUACCACAGUCACCUACGGAACGGCAAGUGCUCCAUAUUUAGCCACAAGAUGUCUCAAAAAGCUCGGUGAAGACAACAUUACAACACAUCCAAUCGGUUCAAGGGUCAUUAUCGAAGAUUUUUAUGUCGACGACUGUCUUACAGGUGCUGACAGUAUCCAAGAAGCGAGGGCUCUUAUCCAAGAAACAACUUCUCUCACCGAUUCGGCUGGUUUUAAUCUACGAAAAUUCAAUACGAACUGCUCUAGAAUUUUAAAGGGCCUUCCUCGGUUUAUGAUAGAUAAUCAAUCGGUAUUCGAACUCGAUAGCUCAAGUUCGACAGUUAAAACCCUCGGAAUGAAAUGGGACACAAGAGCAGAUGAAUUCUGCUUCAGUUAUCCUCAGCUGAGAUUUGAAAAAUGUGAGAUUACUAAGCGAGUUGUGCAUUCCGAUGUGGCGUGUUUGUUCGACCCACUCGGGUUAGUUGGACCUGUUGUUGUUCAGGCCAAAAUAUUCAUCCAACAUUUGUGGCGCAUUAAAUUGGAUUGGGAUGAUCCAUUGGAUGAAUAUUGUCAGCAGUUCUGGAAAGAAUAUAGAGAGAAUUUGGUUGCAUUGGCUCAGUUAUCAAUUCCUCGUUGGGCCCUGAACAUCGACGAUCUAAGCCGCCCAGUUACCCAUCCCGAUCUGCAAUCAAACCCGUUGAAAGUAGUGUACCAUAUCAAGCAACAACCCGCCCGCCAUGAAGAUUUUGCUUCCAUCAACAAUGACCCUACCCACCCUCCUGAACAUUGA